AUGGUAUCAUCUCCCAAGUCGAGCCGCCGUACCAAAGCAAGCGGUGCUUUGGCACAACUAGCUGUAGCAUGCGCUCUCAGCACGGCGACUCUCGCCUGUGCCGCCAGCCCAGGUCUAGGGUCAUGGUGGAAGCGUCAAGAUCCGACCGCAGCAACGAAUCAGGACCCAUCAGUGCUAAAGCUAAUCAGCGCGACUGGUCCGUACGCUACUCUGGUACCAGGUAGCGGGAAUGGAAACGCAGAUGCUAUCCAGUCUGCUGUGGGUAUGAGCGGGGAUAUUCCCUCUCAGGCUUUUUCUGCUUUGGCUCCGGCUGAGACUGCUGCUACUCCAACUGACGGUGCGGCAGAUGCUGUGAUGCAGGCAGUCGAAGCCACAGUUAGCCCCACUGCUAGUGCUGCUUCCAAGGUGGCAAGCGAGAGUCUAGACCGCAGUCAAGAAUCUCAGAUGCAUAGCGAGCCUUCUGCAGAACCCACGGGUGAAGGCGAAGUCUCAAGCUGGACCAUCUCUGCUCCCUCCAGCACUCCCAGUAUCGACCCUGCUGAAGCGCUCGCUGAGUCUGUUCUCUCCAAUGCCGCUUCCGAUUCCGACUUCUCAUUCGCAUUCCUCGCCCCCGCCUCCGCCGUCCCGCCCGCCACUCCAACCCCAACUAUCCCCCUCCACCGUCGUCAAUACCCCAUUCAAACGGAAGAUCGCGAAUCAAACCUCUUCCCCCUCUUCACAUCCUACCUCACCCUCCAACCGCCUUCCACCACUAUCGUCAACUUUGGUCCCACCCCUAACUUAAACAUGUCCUCGAUCCCGCGCCGCGCACCCGGCACAGGCUCGGGCAACGGUGAAGCACCGAGUGACAUUAACAAUCCCAACUCUCCCGACGUCGGCUGGCUCGAUCUCCAAGUCGGUGCUGUUCCUUACAAGAAUGGUGAUCUCAUCGCUAGCAUUGUUUGGGUGUUGGCUACGAUUGCGUUGAUUCCGUUGUUGUUGAUUCGAUUGUUGAGGAGGAGUAGUUUGAUCUCGAUGGUGUUGCUGACGGUGAUUGUUUAUAUGGUGUUGAUGUUGGUUGCCUUUGGUGUUAGGGCCAGGUUGAGCGCUACUACUCCCACGACGAGCUUGAUGAAUGUCGAGGGUAUUAUUCUAGCGGUGUUGGUUCCAUUGCUCAUCGAACCAUUGUUGCAUCUGCUUGGGUUGUACUCGCAACAAAGUGGAAGGAGUACAGGAGUACCUCAAGCAGCGUUGAUCUUGCGAAUCCUCAACUUGAUCGUUUUCCUCCUCUUCCUCGUUGCAGCUGCAUACUACGCUUCUUGGCUCGACAGCAGGAACAAAGCCUUGCAAAUGACACAAACCGCACAAGAUCUCCCCGGAAUCACGCCACCCAAAGUCACCCGGAUCGGUCCAGUCGUAGCCUCAGUACUCGUAAUCAUCGUCAUCCUCGGAGCAGCUCUUCUCAUCCCCAUAGCUAGGGGCGAUAGCGGUAGCAUGCGUCCAGGUGGAUUCUUCUUUGUCCUUCUCCUCCUCCUUUUUAUCUCUACUGUCUGGCGUCUCUUGCAAACUCUCCACGCAACUACUCGCAUCUCUGCGGAACUCGGCGGAGAACUUGACUCAAACAACCUCCUUCCAUUCUUUAAGGGUGGAAGUAGUAACAGUACGACGGAUAACCAAAGGGUGGCUCAAGGUUUGAGUUUGGCCCCACAAGGCAUGUAUGGGCCGAGAACGGAAGGAAUCGCAUGGGAACAGUUACAAGUGACAAUGGCUAGUAGGAGUGCGCCCCAAACACCAUUGAUUUUCAACCUGGUGUAUGUAUUGCCGAUGUGGUUGAUGGUUUUCUUGCUUUUCUUUGCACAUGCACCUGUGAAGAAGGAUGGUGAAGUUGCCGCUGAGGGUGGAGAUAAGGCUGUGGCUGUUGCCGAGGUUUAA